UCUGGAAUUUUAAAAUAAAAAACUCUUUCAGGGUACAAUCCGGAUCCAAACAAUUGUGCCAACACUCAUUUCUUAUGCACGGAUGGACGCUGUGUGCCCAUCUUCGUCCAAUGUGACUCUUACUUCGAUUGCUUGGAUGGAUCGGAUGAAGAAGGUUGUGAUAUAGAAACAACGCCCGAAUACGAUCCUUGGACGAUGACGACUACAAAAGUGAUAACAACAACUACUAAAAGACCUCCCUUGAUGCCGUCACAGACACCCUUUACACCUACACAACCCUAUCCAUCUAUUCCAGAAACGACAACGACAAGUACUUGGAUACCUAAAAGAAGACGGCCUACGAGGCCAUCCUCAUCACCAUGUCCAAAUAGUCCAGAAACUUCAAGUGUCAGGACACGUCCAGAAAGGCCGUCUACACAACCACCUUCUCCACGCUGGCCAGAAACGACAACGAGAAGUACCAGUUUCCCCCUUACCCAUCCUUCUCUGAUACCAAGCAUUUACUCCAGCAGAUUGAAAUUCUUCAAGCCUUUCCAUUUCGCGACGGAUUACGCAAGAAUAUACGGAACCCGAGAGUACUCGAGCGUUAUCUCAAAGGCUGUGCAGUGGCUCCUAAAUGCACGUGACAAAUAUGGCGAUUGGGGAAGAGACACUCCAAGAAUACUGAUCGCCUUGUCCCUGGUCAGCAAUAGCUUUAUAUCUGGUAUACACGAGUACGAUCUCACGGCGAAACAUUUCCAAGUUCUUCUCGGGCUGAACUUAUUAAGGAUAACCUCGGAACCAGUUCCCUUAAGCAGGCAGGCCAUUCAUAUCAACGCACUUCUAGCCACGUGCCAGAAUCCGACAAAUUUUCACGGCUUCAAUUUGGCAGAGAGUCUCAAACAGCAAGUGGAGAGCAUAGCCCGAAACCAAAAACGAACUUUCAUCAAUCCGGUUGUAUACCUGGCGUUGUGCCUGAUGGAUCAAGAAUUGUCUAUAGACACCAUUGAUAUCCUUAGACGGAUGAUUAGACCUUCUGAACCUUUCGACGAGGAAGCGAAAGACAUGCAAAGUCUCGCCGCUACAGCACUGGCUUGCUAUAGUCACCAACACGCCUUGACGCAAUCCAACGGAAAUCCUUUGGACGCCUAUGUCAGGGAAGCGAUAUCUCAACUUCUGCAACGACAGAAUUCCGACGGAAGUUUCGGCAGCAUAUACAGUACAGCUUUAGCAGCACAGGCACUUAUGUCUUUCAACUGCAGUGGAGACUGGAAUCACAAAAAGACGCUGACCUUCUUGGUAGAUCAACAACAGCCUGACGGCUCCUUUGGAGACUUGUUAGCAACGUACUUUGUUUUGCCAGUUCUAAGUGGUCGGUCCUUGGUUCACCUUAGAAAUACCAUCUGCGAUCCUCCAAUCAUUUCUAAAGAUCUCAGUCCCGAAGAGAUACUGGACUAUUCUGGUCCCAAGCACUAUAUUCGCUACUCUCUGCAUUUUGGAAAUCCUCUGCGAAAGGCCCUUACCGUCCUGAUGCAUCUGCCCGUGAAGAUUACACUCUUCGAUGCGAUGAGAGUCGCCGAGUACAUCAAUGCGGAUUUUAAAUUUGCAUACGAGGAAAUCGAAGGAAAUAUAUACGUCUACUCUAUUUCGAACGUUCCAAAUGAUUCGGAGCGGGGCUUCUCCUGGUAUUUGUAUGUGAAAGGAAAAGGCAGCGAAGAAAAAACGAUAGAUCAACAAGAACUCUUCACUGGAGAUAUCAGAGAAUAUACUCCAAACGCAAAUGAUCAUAUAGUGUUCUGGUACUUUCACCUCAGAACCCUUGGAAAUCGUGGUGGAAUCGUCUAAAAUAUUUUAUAAUGGAUUUAAUGCUACAGAAUGACAGAAACAAGAAAAUAUUGUUUCAUCUAUUCAAUUUUUUGAAAAACAAUUGAAUUAAUAGACAACAUAAAUUCAACUGAAAAUAUUAUGUAGCCGAGUAAAUAAAUAUAGGACUGUCAAAACAGCUGCAUUACCUGAA